AUGGAGCAGAAAACUUUCCUGAUAUCAGCUGUGAGUGCUAGUGUUGGACUUGGAGUUGGAUUAGGAUUGGCCAAUUCUAGACAAACGGUUUCUAAGUGGGGGCCUAAUUACUCUUACUCGUCUUCAAACUCAGUUACUGCUAAUCAAAUUGAGCAAGAAAUGCUUCGGCAAAUUAUUGAUGGCAGAGAUAGUACCGUUACUUUCGAUAAAUUUCCUUAUUACUUGAGUGAGGAGACAAGGGUUUUGCUUACGAGUGUUGCUUAUGUUCAUUUAAAGCAUGCUGAAGUUUCUAGAUAUACUCGUAAUCUCGCUCCGGCCAGUAGAACCAUUCUUCUCUCAGGACCAGCAGAACUUUACCAGCAGAUGCUUGCCAAGGCUUUAGCCCAUUACUUUGAGGCCAAGUUACUUCUCUUGGAUUUAACUGAGUUUUCAUUGAAGAUUCAGAGUAAAUAUGGUUCUGGCAACAAAGAAUAUUCUUUCAAAAGAUCUACUUCAGAGUCAACUUUGGAGAAGCUAUUUGGGUCAUUUUCAAUCUUUUCUCAAAGGGAGGAACCUAAAGUGGCAGGAAAAAUGCACAAACAAAGAAGUGGAGUGGACCUACAAUCAAUGGGUGAUGAGACAUCUUGUAAUCCUCCGAAGCUCCGUAGGAAUGCUUGUUCCACCUCAAAUAUUAGUGGCCUUACUUCUCAAAGCAAUCCUACAAAUUCAGCUCCUUUGAAGCGCACGGCCAGCUGGUCUUUUGAUGAAAAGUUACUUAUGCAGUCUCUUUACAAGGUUCUACUUUCUGUGUCGAAAACCUAUCCCAUUGUGCUAUAUCUGAGGGAUGUUGAUAGGUUAUUAUGUAGAUCACAAACCAUAUACAACAUGUUCCAAAAAAUGUUGAAGAAACUCUCUGGCCCGAUUCUGAUUCUUGGUUCACGACUUUUAGAUUCUAGUAAUGACUUUGAAGAGAUGGAUGAGAAACUUAAUUUGCUCUUCCCGUACGAUAUAGAAAUCCAACCUCCAGAAGAUGAAUCACAUCUUGUCAGCUGGAAGUCUCAAUUGGAAAAGGAUAUGAAGAUGAUACAAGUUCAGGAUAACAAGAAUCAUAUCACGGAAGUGCUUGCGGCGAAUGAUCUUGAUUGCGAUGACUUGGAUUCAAUCUGUGUGGAAGACACAGUGAUUCUCAGUAACUAUAUAGAAGAGAUUAUUGUGUCGGCGAUAUCUCAUCACUUGAUGAAAAACAAAGACCUUGAAUACAGAAACGGAAAGCUGGUUAUUUCUUGCAAUAGUUUGUCGCAUGCAUUGGGUAUAUUCCGAACGGCAAAAUUCAGUGGAAGAGAUGCAUCAAAAUUGGAAGAUCAAGCACUAAAGUCUGAGUCUGAGAUUCCGAGUGUGGUAAAAACUGUUCCGGAACCAGCAGUGAAGGCAGAAAAGAAAGUUGAAAGUGUUGCUCCUGAAAAGAAAGUUGAAAGUGUUGCUCCUGAAAAGAAGGCUGAAGCAGAAAUAUCAACAUCAGUAGCGAAGGCAGGUGUUGAAAAAUUGGUUCCACCGACAAAAACUGCUGAAGUUCCUGCCGAUAACGAGUUUGAGAAGCGAAUAAGGCCAGAAGUUAUACCGGCAAAUGAGAUUGACGUAACAUUCGCGGAUAUUGGUGCCUUAGAAAAAACAAAAGAAUCCCUUCAAGAAUUAGUAAUGCUUCCUCUCCGAAGGCCAGACCUUUUCACCGGAGGACUUCUAAAACCAUGCCGAGGAAUAUUGCUAUUUGGGCCUCCUGGAACUGGGAAAACAAUGCUGGCAAAGGCCAUUGCAAAGGAAGCUGGAGCAAGUUUCAUUAAUGUAUCCAUGUCUACCAUUACUUCUAAAUGGUUCGGCGAAGAUGAGAAAAAUGUUCGCGCUUUAUUCACACUAGCAUCCAAAGUCUCUCCAACUAUUAUAUUCGUUGACGAGGUCGAUAGCAUGCUUGGGCAACGAUCAAGACAAGGGGAGCAUGAAGCCAUGCGGAAAAUAAAAAACGAAUUUAUGUCUCAUUGGGACGGGCUCACGACAAAACAAGGAGAGCGCAUCCUUGUUCUUGCAGCAACCAAUAGGCCAUUUGACUUGGAUGAAGCUAUUAUAAGACGAUUCGAAAGGAGAAUUAUGGUAGGACUACCAUCGGUUGAGAACAGGGAAAACAUUCUGAGAACUCUUCUGGCAAAAGAAAAGGUCGACCCAGAAAUUAAUUUUAAGGAACUCGCAACCAUGACAGAAGGAUAUACCGGAAGUGAUCUUAAGAAUAUUUGCACAACCGCGGCUUAUAGGCCUGUCAGAGAGUUGAUUCAGCAAGAGAGGUUAAAGAAUCUGGAGAAGAAACAGAAAGUGACUAAGGGACAGAACAACAAUACCCUAGAAGCAGAAGAGGAAGUUCAACAAGAAAGAGUUAUUACCCUAAGGCCAUUGAAUAUGCAGGAUUUCAAAGAGGCCAAGAGUCAGGUUGCUGCAAGCUUUUCUGCUGAGGGUGCUGGAAUGGGUGAGUUGACUCAGUGGAAUGAGUUGUAUGGAGAAGGAGGUUCUAGGAAGCAAAAACAGUUGACAUACUUCCUCUGA